GGCCUUGGAUUUGGUAUUGGAUUCCUAAACGAAACACCAAAAACACAAGCAAUGAAAGAAGAAAUAGAUCAAUUAAACUUUAUCAAAUAACUUAUAACUCAAUAAUACAACAUGAUUGAAAAAUGGGCAAAAGAUCUGAAUAAACCUCUUGGGCAUAUACGUAGGAGUGGAAAUGAGAUGACAUACAAAUGACUGCCAUCCAUGCACAAUGAAGAUGCAUACCAUUAGCCAUUUGGGAAACACAAAUCAAAACCUCAUGAUACUGCUUCAUAUCCAUAGGGAUGGCUGUAAUUAAAAAUAUGGAAAAUGUGUGGAGCCGAACGUGGUUUGCUCCAGAGAAUAAGUUGAGUACCAAAGAACCCGAGAUUAGCGUUUCUUCAGACAAUGCAGUGAUAGUGCUGGCCAAAUCUCCAGGGAGCCAUGGACAUUGGCGAGAGUGGUUUUACGGUUUAAACAGCUGUUCUUUGGAGGAAAGGUUAUUUGUCAGUGAAGUAAAUGUUAAUGAGUUUCUUGAAGAGGUCCUGAACCCUCCAUUCAAACAGACAGUGCUCCCAACCCCACCAUUAAUUGAAGUUCUUCAGGUUACUGAUGAGAAGAUUCAAAUUCAUGCAAAGAUACAAGAAUGUAGUAAUCCUGAUCAGCUUCGAGGAAAGGAAAAAAGAAUCAAUGAAGGAUGUCCUCUAACUGAAAAUGAAAAUAUAGAACAUCUUACCACUUCUACAAUUGAUUCUGAUUCAUCUAUAUCAGUUAAAUCACCAGAAAUAGAUAUUUGUGGUUCAGUUGCAGGCUUUCAACAAGAGCCUCUUGAUGUUUCUCAGAUGCAACUAGGAAAAUCUCAGCCACUUGAGGCAAAAAUGGAACCUCAAUUUGUAAAAGAAAAAAGUGCUACUUAUUCAAAUGAGGAAGAUAAUUUAAAGGAACCAGUCAUAAGUGAAGAAAAACAGUUAGAUGGAGAUCACCAGUCUUCAUCACUGAACAAAACUGUAAUUCACAAUACAACUGAUUUUGAUAGCAUAAAAGAAAUCAAUAUGCAGGAUGGCAGUGUCCAGAUUAUUAAAGAUCACGUGACUCAUUGUGCAUUCAGUUUUCAGAAUUCUUUGCUGUAUGAUUUGGAUUAAUUAAACGUAAUUUUGGAAUUUGAAUGUUAAAAGUAAAAAAUUGGGGGAUCUAAAAUAUUUUGUUAACUAUUAAAACUAAAGCUAUUCAACA